AUGCAUACUGCAUUCGACCCUGAAAGUGAAGCAAAACUGGUCAAUGAAAGGAAUGAAGUGGAUUCGACCAUCGGCGACAUCGAGGUCGAUCUAUGGAAGCAGAGACGCGCUCUGGAGAAGCCAGGCGAAGUGUGCGUGUACCCCUCUGGAACGGUCAACAUCUUCGAUCUGGAGCGGUGA